AUGUGUCUACGAGGAGAAAAUAGUGCUGAUUUCAGAGUACCUAGUGCGACCGAUGUCGUCGGCGAAAGAGAGCAAAAUAUUGAGCACAUCGCGAAGACGGUCGACGACUUGAAGUACAUGCUACAGAAGCUUCAUCACGAGCAUCAGCCGGGUUCAAGCCCAGGUCCUACCCAGCACGGCGCUGCCUCAGCUGCCACCUCGACGCGACCGUCUCCGACUUCGGUUCAAACCCCUGUUAUCGGAUCUGGCAGGUCACCGGCAGUGCUUCAGUCAGAGUUCGGCGGCGAGUCUUCCAUCUCUGCGCAUGCAUUGUUCGCCACGGCUUUCCUUCAGAAUGUGGUCGGUAACAGCCCUUCCCCGAGGGUCACUGUGGAAAUGGCACCUGUCAUGCAGACCCUAAGCAGCAUUGCCGAUGCUCAGAAUCAGACAGCCGACUCCUCAGAAACCUUGUUUCCGCACGCCAGGCCGCUGGAGGACGGGAGAAAACCAGUCAACUUCCCUACGCCGGCAGCCGACAAGGUUUUUGGCUGUCUACGUAUGGCUCAAGAACAUGACAUGGUGGAGGCCUUGUGGCUGCCCGAGUUUGAGUCCAUGGGCCAUUUCACAGAAUAUGUCAUCAGAGUCUGCUCCCCCGGGCCAUCGUCUGAAGCAGAGCUCAUCAUCUUCAACACGGGCAUGUUCUGGCUGUUUCUCGAGUGCGCCAGUUUUAUGGAAGAUGAAGACGAGAUGAAUGAUUAUACCGCGCAAUCAUAUCUUUGCCGGGAUAACCUUGAAACGCUGCUGGCUCAUUUGGGAUAUCACGUACCAAAUACCAUGGAUUACAUCUACGCGCUGAAUAUGGCGACCACCUACUGUCUCCAAACCAUCAAGACGACAGCCGCAUGGUCCUUCAUCUCGAAGAGUGCACACGCCUGUCAGGCCCUCGGCCUGCACAGCGCUGUCUCGCUCCAUCCAGCUUCGUCCGCGCAGCAGGUGAGGAAUUUUCGGCUCUUCUGGGCCGUAUAUGGGAGCGAAAAGGGGCUUGCCUUGCGUUUGGGCCGCUCCUCCAACAUUCGCGACAGUGACAUCACCAUUCCGCGCCCCAAACAACCGACAGGACCCGACUUGCUCAUCAACAAACUGACGCCGCUGUGGACGCAAGCAGGGGCCCUACAGGGCCGGCUCUACGAUGAAAUCUACAGUCUGGGGGCGUUUCUCCAGCCGCAGCAAGUCCGCUACGAGCGGGCACGCACGCUAAUCGAUGACCUCAAGAGCCUAAGGGAGGCAUCCGAGGCGCUGGAGAGAGAAAUCGUCAGCCAGGCAGGGCGCGGCGGCCAAUCUCCCCUCUCGGAGCUCACCUGGCGCGCAGAUCGGAUCGCGUACCUUUCCAUGCUGACGCUGGCCUAUCGAAGCCUCCCGCCGACGGAACCCUUUAUCUCUUCAUUUGCAGCGGAGUGCAUCGCCACGGCGCGCCAGGCUCUCGACGAGCAUGAGCAGUGCCUCAAAGCCCUGACCCAGACGCAAACCGUCAAGACAUCGGCUUACAUUGUCCUCUUCAUCGACUGGCAAGCUAAACCCCUCCCCCCCCCCCGCUUUCCUACUCUGGUGUCCCUCCUACAAACCCCCUUCGUGCCCUUCACCAUCCUGUUCUGCCACGCCAUCGAAACGUCAAGCAGGGCAGAUCUCCAGGUCCUGCGCAGCUUCCUCGAUACCCUCGAGGGAACGGCCUACUCGUCGCGCCACCUCUCUACCCAGAACCAACUGCGCCUCUUCCAGGCCCUCUACAGCGUCGCCGUGCGCUACAUCUCGGUCCAGGAGAGCAGUUCCCUGCAGGUGGACGCCUGGAGCACGGGAGGCGACGGGAGCGGGAGCGGCACCGGCACCGUCACCAGCGGCGGGGUGGCGCCCGCAGGUCAGACGUCGGUGCCUUUUUCGAGUCAGAGCAUGGCGUUCACGCCUGGCGAGGUGGCGGCACAGACGGCCGAGGAUCAGUUCAUGGCGAACCUAGGGCUGCAGGUUGACUCAUCGGGCAAUCCUCUGGCGAGCUGGUUUGCGAGUAAUCAGCAGCUGAUGAGGAUACUGGAAAAUUCAUGA